UCACGGAGCCACCCGGGCGCAGGUUGGAAUUCUGGUCCAGCCGGUCUUUGCUAACAGACUCCUGGGUCUAUUAGCACUCCAUUGGGUAUUGCACGACAGGAAGAGGCAGUACAACCAGAUCAGAGAAGGAAAUAAAUGUGAAAGCCUCGGCAGCCACCCGCGUCUCUCAUUACUAGAAGCUAACUCUUCUGCAAGUUUUACUACCACAGUGGGCCCCUAUGCCUCAGGAAGUCCGGGGUUGUGUGAUUCCAGUCGCCGGAAGUGCUGUUUCUGUUUCUGGUUGGGUUUGAUCAACUUUUCCCCGCGUGAUGGUGGCAAAUUCGAAAACACGUGCUACAGUUGUUACGGAGUUCCAAAACGUGUACAGUUAAUAUAUGGAAAACGUGUAGUUACCUUGUCCGUUCACAACUAAGCUUCUAUAUUUGUGGCUGCUAUCAUUAUUGUAAGUGUAAAUUCCUAAGCUCCGAAGUAGACAAUAACUAAAGACGAUAGACAAGUUAACGGGAAUAAAAGGACCUUUGCUUCAAAUUCAGUUAUCCGACUUAGCUGUAAAAAUAUAUUAAUCAGAACUGCAUCUUCUGGAACAAGACUCUGAAUAGAGACCAGUAUGCUUCACUUCAUCCAGAAAUUUUCUGGAGCGUCUUCAAAGAUGCUGAAGUACCCUUUUACAGUGAAACUCAGAACCAGAAGAAUAGAUUUACUUUCUCCUAAGACAUCUCCUCAGCAGAACCUUUUCCCUUUGCCUCCAAGGACUUGGCUUGCCCCAUCAUUUCAAGUGUAUAUGAAGAAGAUACAAUGCUAUCAUGCAUCACCAUGCAACUUUAAAAGACAACAGAAGGAAGCACUCCUUCCCUCCAGGCCACCAAGCAGCAUCACUUACCUACCUGAUAGCCCAAAGCCAGCAUUAUAUAUAAGUCUUGUGGGGCUAAUUCCCUUUAUUGCUCCACCCCUCACCAUGGUCGUAACAAAGUCUUAUAUCCCUAUACUAGCUCUUACUCAGAUGGCUUAUGGAGCCAGUUUCCUAGCUUUCUUGGGAGGGGUCAGAUGGGGCUUUGCUCUGCCAGAAAGUAGUCCAGCCAAACCAGACUACAUUAAUUUAGCUAGUAGUAUGAGCCCUGUUGUAUUUUCAUGGCUAGCCAUCCUCUUUUCUGAAAGACUCAGUGAAGCCAUAGUCACGGUAAUAAUAGGUUUAGGGGUAGCAUUACACAAUGAACUUUUCCUUUUGCCACAUUAUCCCAACUGGUUCAAAGCCUUGAGGAUAGUAAGUACUGUAGUGGCUUUUUGCUCAUUUGUAGUCACUUUAAUACUUAAAAGCAUUUAUCCAGAAAAAGGGACCAAGAAAUUUGGUUAAGUAGAAAUAUAAAACUACUUUGCUGUGGAAUAGCCCUUAUGUACACUGUGAAGAUGUGUUGCUCUCGUUAAUAAAGAACUGAUUAGCUGAUGGCUAGGCAGGAUUUUCAGGACAGAGAGAAUGUUGGGGAGAAGGGUGGUGUCAGAGGAGGCACCAAGAGACUCAGAGCCUGCAGGAUGGGAAGUAAAUACAUGAGGUAAAUGAGCCUAAGGGCAACAUAUAGAUUAAUAGAAAUGGCUAAUUUAAGUUAUAAGAACUAGCUAAAAACAAGCUUAAGCUAUCGGCCGAGCAUUUAUAAUUAAUAUUAAGUCUCUGGUUAUUUGGGGAGUGACUGGUGGGACUGAAAAGAACCUAAACUACUUUACUGAUAUUUGCUACUUUGCUAUAAGUCUUGUAAACCUGCAUUUUUUUUCAAAGAUUAAAAAAAAAUUUUUUUUUUAAGUUAUGUCAUGGGGGAUAUGUGCACAGAAUACAGUGCCCAUAGCGCCAGAAGAGGGUAUUGGAUUCCCUGGAGCUGGAGUUACAAGCAGUUCUGAGCCACUCAAGGGUCUGGGCUGGGAACUAAACUUGGGUCCAUAACAUACAUGGUCUUGACCACUGAGCCCUCUACCUCUUGCUUGUAAAGUUGCGUUUUAGCAUCAUACUUGGUUGGGUUCCUUGGUUGGCUCUUUUUUCCUCCAACUGGUGGGAAUUUUAUUCUUCAGAAACAGAUUUUUUUUUUUCAUUUCUAAAAAUUAUUCCUUUUAGCCAAGAGAUGUUGGCCCAUGUGUUUAAUCCCAGCACUCAGGAGGUAAAAGCAGGUGUGUCUGAAUUCAACGCCAGCUGGGUCUAUAGAGUAAGUUUCAGAACUACACAGAGAAACCCACCCCGCCCAACCCCCCCAAAAAAAAUUAUUGUUUGUUUGUCUCACUAUGUAGCCCUGGCAUUUUAUCUCUGGGAGCUCCUUUUAGGUUGCUUUGAAGGUAUAGAAAUUAACUGGCUAAACUGUAAAUAGAGAGUAAAUAAAACUGCCCUAGGCAAAGGGAUAGUACUAUAGUCCUUGGAGGUUGGAAUCCCUGCAGCUGCAUAAGGCUAAAUUCAUUCUUAGGUACCUUUGAGUCUUCUCCGACUCCCCAUCUGCAUGAACCCACAUAAUCUUGCUGCGACUACAGAGACACUGAGAUUAUUAAAUACUACUUGUAAGUAAUUCAUAUUGAAAAAUCUAAUCCUUUAUUGUGUCAUAUGAGGUUAGUUUUCAUCACCUUUUUGUGAAUUAUAAGUCAUCUACAUAAACAUUUCAGUGUUUUGAUUAUAUUGAGAACAAUAAAGACAAGAUGAAAAAUUUA